AAAGUCAAACUCAAACAAGAGAACCAGAGUUCUCUGGCAGCUUGGCGACGAUGAUGGCUAUGAAGGUUGUCGACUUCUCCUUUCUGUCCAUUGCGGGAAAGCUAGAGAAGAUGCUAGAGGAAGAAGCCGCGUUGCUGGCGGGAGUCGAAGAUGAUGUCUGCGACAUAGUCGCUGAGCUCAGAAGCGUCACGUCUUUCUUGACUGCCAUGUCGACCAGGCGCAAUCUGGACGAUCAACUCCAGAACUGGGUGCAGGAAGUGAGGGAGGUGGCUUACGAUGCCGAAGACUCGAUCGAUGAGUUCGUAUGCCGUCUCCGUCUCCGAUCGACACCCUACGACGAGAACGGAGUCAAGGCAUUUUUCAAGCACUUCCUCCGCGAUAUAAAAUCAUUGAAAGCUCGCCAUGACAUGGCUUCGAGGCUUAAGAAAUUGAAGGUUCAGGUAGAAAAAGUCAGAAAGAGGCACGAUCGCUAUUCCCACCCAAAUGAAGCUACAAGCUCUGGCACCGCCACCAGCUUGGAAAUGGCCGGUAGAUACUCCGAUCCACGGAUCAUCGGCCAUUUUGUAGAGGAAGCUCAACUCGUGGGCAUCAACCAGCGCAGAGAUAAGAUAAUCGGGUGGGUGAUGGACGAGAACCGUCUCGAGCUCACAGUGAUUUCUAUAGUCGGCUUAGGUGGUUUAGGAAAGACAACUUUGGCUAAGACAGUUUAUGACAAUUCUAUAAUUAUCGCCGGAAGUCACUUCCAACCUCGAGCUUGGAUCGUAGUAUCACAAAAUUACAGCAUCAGAGAGCUUCUCAAAAAGAUUAUUCUACAAAUUUCUGUCGAUGAGCAACAAAUCCGAGAUGUUUUAGGGUGCCCAGAUGCCAGUUUGAACACUGAGCAACUUCUGAACAUGAUGGAGGAGUCACAACUGGUGCAGACAGUCAGAGGUCAUCUCCAUGGAAAGAGGUAUAUGCUUAUUUUUGAUGACGUUUGGAGAACUGACACAUGGGAAAGCUUGAGCAUCGCAUUGCCACCGGGUAGAGAAGGAAGUAGGGUCAUAGUGACCACCCGCAUCGAGGAAGUAGCAAAUACAAGUUGUUCUCGUAAUCAUCAAUUUAUAUUUAAAAUCUCUCCUUUAUCAUGUCAGCUAUCUUGGGAGUUAUUCUGUAGAAGAGUAUUUGAAGCACCUGAUUAUAAUUGUCCUCCAGAGCUAGAAAAUGUUGGCAGAGAAAUCUUGCAAAAGUGCGAUGGGCUGCCACUUGCGAUUGUGACAAUCGGAGGUGUUCUGGCUUCCAGGUCUGAUAAAAAACUUGAGGAAUGGAAAGACUUGCGCGACCACCUUCGUUUGGAGAUACAAACUAACGAUAUACUGUCGAAGAUUCAUCGUAUACUACUUUUGAGUUACAAUGACUUGCCUUACCAUCUCAAGCCUUGCUGCUUGUUCUUGGGCAUCUUCCCCGAGGAUUUUGAGAUUCAUCGGAAGCGUCUGAUCAGACGAUGGAUUGCUGAAGGGAUUGUGAGUGGCAUAGACGGCUUCCCCGCUGAGAAAGUCGCCGAGCGCUGCUUCAACCAGUUGGUGGGUCGUAGCUUGGUGCAGCCAUCGCAAUUUGACGAUAGUGGGACAGUGAAGUCAUGCCGCGUCCAUGACAUGAUGCUCGAUGUCAUACUCUCGAUAUCGAAGAAGGAGAACUUUGCGGUGCUACUGAAUGAGCACCCCACAAUUCCGCCGCAGCAUCAGAAGAUAAGACGCUUAUCAUGGCGCCGAGGAAGCAGUGGAGUACUAGUGCCUGCCAAUGACCUCUCCCACCUCCGAUCCUUCACUGCAUUUGGCGAGGAUGUACCACCACCGAAGGAUUAUAGAAAGCAGAGGCAGUUGAGGGCAAUUGACCUGGAAGGAUGCGAGGCCUUGUUUGAUCUCCACCCCAAGAGCUUUUCCAAGUUGUUUCUUUUGAAGUACUUGUCUCUGAGAAAUACUGGAUUAUCUGAAUUGCCAGAUUCAAUAGGAGAUUUGCAAAAUCUAGAGUUUUUGGAUAUGAGAGGAACUAGGAUUAAAGAACUGCCCAAUACCAUGGUCAAACUCCAAAAACUGGUCUAUCUGCUUGCUGGUCCCCAAGGAUUUAAGUUCCUGAAAGGAAUAGGGAAGUUGAAAAGACUCGUCGCGUUUGGAAUGGCAUAUGCUGAUAAGAUGCAGUCGCUACAGGAGAUUGGUGAGCUUGUCGACCUCCAGAAGCUCGCCAUCACUUUUGGUGAACAUGAUCUAUCACUCAGAAUGCUGGAGGAGAUCAGAGCCCUGCUCUCGAAGCUCAAUGGCACACUUCGAUCUCUAACGAUUUUUCCUCCGGUAAACGUCAGUCUGAAAAAUGCACUAGAUGAGGUAGCUUCGCCGCCGUUGCUGCUCUGCAAGUUGCAGAUAGGUUGCAGACUUGGCCAAUUGCCUCCUUGGUUUGCAUCUCUGAAGCAUGUUGUCAAGAUAUCUCUGGUCGGCACACUACUGCAGCUUGAGGAUCUACAAGUCUUGAGAAAUCUCCCCGCUUUGGUCAACUUAAAACUAGGAUUUAAGUCAUUCGUCAAUAAUGAUGAGGAUUUGGUCUUCGAUCGGGGAGGGUUCGCACAACUUAAGUUCCUGCAAAUUAAAUGCCAACAUGUGAGUUUCAGAGUAGGUGCAGUCCGAAGCCUCGAAAUUCUGGAAAUAUUUUUCCCCCCUGAAUCUGUCAAUGGCAUAGAACAUCUGCAUGGGCUAAGGGAGAUUUACAUUCUUACUUUUAAUGAACAUAUAAGUGAGAUGGUCAAAGAUAUUGCAGCAAACCAUUCAAAUCGUCCCAAAUGUUUUGUAAACCAAUUGUAGCCUGCUUAAGGCAUAUGAAGAAGGGCAUUCUCUCAAUGCAAUGCAAUGCAGAGAUGACUUUAUUAACAGGUGAGUUGUGUAUUCUAGUU